AUGGCGACCGCGACUACGAUACUACUCCCAGGCGAUCAAAUACCCCCGGAAUCCCUUCCCAAACCUACAAAUGCGAAGAAGCCUCUCACCCUCGGUCCCGGUCUACGACAUAUACCACCAAACACCAUCACAGCAACAAUUGCAGGCGCAUUAGCUACGGACAACAAGAAAAAUGCCGCGUGGAUAGAAUACAACAGCGGAAGAUACACCCCCCAACCCCACGACCUUAUCAUAGCCACCGUCCACGCCUCCGCCGCCGAAACCUUCACCUGCACCUUAACCCCUCACACGCCGCCCGCCCUCCUCCCACACCUCGCCUUCGAAGGCGCAACGCGUAAAACGAGACCGAUACUCCCGCCCGGUUCACUCGUCUACGCUCGCGUGUCCCCCUCUCCAUCGUCCACAACAUCGGGCUACUCCCUUGGCGCUGGCGGUGCGCCUAUAGAAUUGACGUGCGUGGACCCUUCGACGGGAAAAAGUGACGGCCUGGGCCCGUUGAAGGGCGGAAUGGUGUUCCCCAUCUCUCUCGGUAUGUCUAGGCGCCUACUAGCGGGGAAGAAGGGAGGCGUGAUCGUGCUAGAGGGUCUCGCGAAGAAGGUUGGGUUCGAGGUUGCGGUGGGGAGGAACGGGGUGUUGUGGGUGGAUGGGGGGAAUGUGAAGACUACGUUGUUGGUGGGACGGGCGGUGCAGGAGGUUGAUGAAAAGGGGAUGGGAGAGAAAGAGCAGUUGUGGGUUGUGGAGAGGGGAUUGCGAGGGCUUUGA